CAGUGGGUGUGAAAUAUUCGCUUAUCGUUCCUUCACAACGUGUCGGAUUUCGAUUUCCAGAUCUGUACCCCAGACACUAUGUGGCUUGUUUCUUGCUGUCGAAUCCGGAAGCUUUUUCAUGUCAAAAGGCUAUAAAGCUUGACGACUCCGUUUUUUGUACUCCAGCGCCCAAGGCUUGAAUUUUUACUUCUUUAAAUCUCUCGUCCCCUCACUAUUCCAUUCCGUCGCAAUGCCUGAUGUCGGGAAAGAAGGAAGAAGUAUCUCCACGACCGUGUGGAAGCCCGACAUCCGAUUCUCCGUGGAUGAUGAGCAUCUUAAUCGUUGUGUGGUUGUCGGUGUUGCUACUGAAAGCGAUGAAUUCAAACUCUACCACUAUACUUGUAAUGUGACUCACGUCUCUACGUUACAGAACGAUCCCACGAAGAGUACUGGCCACUGGACUUUUCAACGUUCGACUGUGCAUCACAAUCACGGGGUAAACAUCUAUAACCGCUGAAUUGUCACUGUCACUGGGUAUCACGGCCAUCGAAUGCCUUUCAUUAUAUAUAUCGAUUAACAUCCUCAGUUCAUAAAGUCCUAGUACACAUUUCACGUUAUUUUGCAUGAGCCUAACGUCGAGAAUUAUCUUCCCUAAUACUCCAGUUAUCAGUAGUUCGCGCUAUUAGUACUAGAUCAGUCAGGAUGAAAGUUUCCAUGUAUCUAAGUAGAACAUCGUAAUU